AUGUCCAUUGUUAAGUACUUGAUUGUUGUUGCUGUUAAAAAGAAUUGGUCUUUGUUUCAAACCGAUGUCAAUAAUGUCUUUCUUCAUGGUGACUUAGAUGAAGAGGUUUAUAUGAAAUUACCUCCAGGUCUCUCUGUUGCUUCUCCUUCUUCUGUCUCUUUGGCUUGCAUUGAGGUUACUGUUUUCCCUGAUGGUGUUCUUUUAAAUCAAAAGAAAUUUGUUUCUGAUAUGCUAAAAGAGUUUGAUUUUUUGGGGGUCACUUCUGUUGCUAGUCCUCUAGAACUCACCCCAAAGCUCAAGGAUGUUGAAGAUGAGGUUUUGUCAUCUCCUGAGAAGUACAGGAGACUCAUUGGCAAGCUACUCUUUUUAACUCACACUCGACCUAACAUAUGCUUUGAUGUUCAACAUUUGAGCCAAUUCUUGCACACUCUUAGGAUACCUCAUAUGGUUGUUGCCCACCACUUGCUCUGCUAUCUUAAAGGCACACAUGAUUUUGGUUUAUUUUAUUCUAACAAUCUUGAUUUCUCUGUGAAGGCUUAUACUGAUAGUGAUUGA